GCUAAUGGAAGAGUACAUGGGGGACACUGAGGACCCCAAGACCCUCCAAGCACAAUUCAGAGAGAUGAAGGGAGACUUCAUGUUCAUGAUUCCUGCACUCCAAGUAGCACAAUUUCAGCGUUCCCAUGCUCCUGUCUACUUCUAUGAGUUCCAACAUCAAUCCAGCUUCUUCAAGGAUUUCAGGCCACCCCACGUGAAGGCGGACCACGGUGAUGAAAUUUUCCUUGUCUUUGGCUACCAAGUCGGUAAUAUAAAACUUCCCCACACAGAGGAGGAGGAGCUACUAAGCAGAAAGAUAAUGAAGUACUGGGCCAACUUUGCACGACAUGGGAACCCCAACAGCAAGGGUCUACCCCACUGGCCUGUGAUGGACCAUGAUGAGCAGUACCUGCAGCUGAACACCCAGCCUGCUGUGGGCCGAGCCCUGAAGGCCAGAAGGCUGCAGUUCUGGACCAAGACUCUGCCCCAGAAGAUCAAGGAACUAAAGGGUUCUCAGGAGAGGUACAGAGAUUUGUAGUGCCCUGUGUGAAUGAAGGCAUGUCGGCUUCAUGCCUAAGGUUUGGAACACUUUUUGAUCCUACCAUUCACAUAACCAUUCCUCACACAUACAGUUGUCCAUUUUACCAAUUUAUAUGACAAACCCUCUAUAUGUCACAAAAUGCUGCCAAUCUGUUAGAGCCACUCAAUAAAAGCUGUAUCGAUGUGGAAUAUGGA